AUGGGGGGAGAAUUGUCUAAGGCGGUUACUUCUUCUUUUUUGGCUUUAGUUCCAAAGGCUUCCAACCCUUUAUGCUUGGAUGAUUAUAGACUGAUUUGUUUAGUGGGUUGCAUGUAUAAGUUUAUGGCAAAGAUAUUAGCGGGGAGAUUGAAAUGUGUGUUGAACUCCAUAGUUUCUCAAUGCCAAAGCGCGUUUGUUCCGGGGAGACAAUUGCUUGACGGGGUUUUGGUGGCUAAUGAGGUGGUGGAUUUUGUUAAGAAAGAAGGUUUGUCUUGUCUUUUAUUUAAAGUUGACUUUGAAAAGGCUUAUGAUAAGGUUUCUUGGGUCUUUUUGCACUUUUUGUUGGAAAAGAUGGGGUUCGGCGUCAAAUGGAGGGAAUGGAUGGAGCUUUUGGUUUUCAAGAGUGAUAUGUCGGUGGUGGUCAAUGGUAGUCCAACUAAAGAAUUUGCCGUGAAGAGAGGGCUAAGACAAGGUGAUCCGUUAUCACCUUUUCUUUUUGUUUUGGUAGCGGAGGCUCUUUCUAGGUUGGUCCGGAAAUCGAGCGAAAUUGGAGAGUAUGAGAAUUUGUUGAUUAAAAGGAGGUGUUUUGUGGAUAUUCUUCAAUUUGCGGACGACACUUUGUUGAUUGGGGAAGGUUCUUGGAAGCACGUGAAAGCCUUGAAAGUUGUGUUGAGAGCUUUUGAGUUAGUAUCGGGGCUUGGCAUCAAUUUUCACAAAAGCAAAUUGAUUGGAGUAAAUACUUCUCAACAUUUCUUAGAAGCCGCUUCUUUGUAUCUCUCAUGUAAAAUGGAAAGUAAUAAUUUCGAGUUUCUCGGUAUUCCGAUUGGUUUCAAUCCGAGGAAGGAAUCAACAUGGCAACCAUUAUUGGAAAAGAUGAGAAGGCGUUUGAAUGGGUGGAAAAACCGGUUCCUUAAUCUUGGAGGUAGAAUUACUCUCUUGAAGUCUAUUUUGAGCUCUUUAUCUAUUUUCUUCAUGUCUUUUUAUAAGAUGCCGACCAAAGUUGUUAAGGAAUGUACCAAGAUCCAAAGUAAUUUUCUUUGGGGGGGUGCGGUCGAAAAGAGGAAUAUUCAUUGGUGGAGAUGGAGGAUUGUAAAUGGCGGAGGGACUCUUUGGUGGGAGGUGUUGAAGGCUCGUUAUGGAGAUAUCAAAAUGCAAAUUCUAUGUGGAGGAGAUUCUCGCUCUAGCUCUUCUUCCUCUCUUUGGUGGCGAGACUUAUUAAAGGUUGGUAUUUUUUCUCCUUUUCUUAAGGAUCCUUUAAUUUCAAAUUGUAGUUUUAAAGUGGGAAACGGUUUUAGUACUCCUUUUUGGGAAGUUGGUUGGAUUAAUAGCUCUAGUUUGUCGGAUGAUUUUCCGGAUCUCUUUGAGUUAUCUUCUUUGAAAAAAGUCUCCGUAGCGGUUAUGGGAGGAUGGCGGGAAGGGGUGUGGGUUUGGGGUGAUUUAGGCAUUUCCGGGGCGGAAGUGGCGGAGAAAAAUUUGUCUCCGAGGUUGGCGGUUUUAAGGGGUCUUUUGGAGGAUUUUGGGGGGUUGAUAGAUGAUAUUGAUUCCGUGUGUUGGGUGUUGGAUUCGGAAAAGUGCUUUUCGGUGUCUUCGUGUUAUCGGUGGUAUGCUUCAUUGAGAACACCGUUCGGUCCCUUGAAUAAGAAUGAGGAGGCUUUGGAAUUGAUUUGGAUGAUGGAGAUUCCUUUUAAAAUUAAAGCUUUCGCUUGGAGAAUUUUUGUGAAUAGGCUUCCCACGAAAGAUCUUUUAGUGUAUAGAGGUAUUAAUUUCUCUACUUCUAACUUAAAUUGUUUUUUUUGCGAUUCACAUUUGGAGGAUUUGGAUCACAUGUUUUUCAAGUGUGAAGUAGUUAAAACUGUUUGGAAUGAAAUUGGUGUGUGGUUGGAUUACCCGAAUCGCAAGGAGUUCGAUUGUAUCCCUUCCUUUAUGGAAUGGUAUGUCAUGGGGCGGGUAAAAGGGAUCAAAGUUGGUAAAUUGGGGGUGUUUUGGCUAGCUACUUGUUGGAUUAUUUGGUUGACAAGGAACGGCUUUUGCUUUAGGAACGAAGCAUGGAACAUUAACAAUAUUGUUUGGAAUAUCAAAAUUUUGAUAUGGAGGUGGUCCUUUUUGGGCGAUAUUGCGUAUCCCAAUUGUAGUUUUUACGACUUUAGUAAAGAUCCUAUAUCUAUUUUGUCGUAA